AUGUUCAAUCCAUCUUCCCCGCAUUCCUCCAUUGGAGGUGCCGAGUCCUUCAAAGGUACACCAGACACGAGAUUGACCGCAUUCUCCCCGGAGGGAGGAUCAACACGAUCCUCUCGUCUCCUGAAGUCUACAUCGCAAGAUUCACCAGAAACCACUCCUUCCAGGUACUCUACAAGUGCAUUCGGAAGUGUCACAUCUAGUGCCGAGAAAGAUCCUUUCAUCGCCGUAAAACCCAACUCCGGCCAUCAGAAGCUGUCGCCGACUGCCUCGACCUUCCAGCCUUUCUCAUGCACUCCGGAGAAGAACAGAAACCACCCCACCCCUGACCGCAACCAGCAAUUUCUUUUGCCAGGCCAGAAGUACGAGGCUGAACUAUCUCGAAGUCUCGAAGUUUGUUCACCGGGCCAGAAUCUCGGCAUUGCUGACCUGGAUGCAUGUUUCGCGAAACUGCAGCGUCUUGGCCUCUCGGUCCAGGAGCCGACUCAGAUUCAGUGCAAGGGAGGUAAACUCUACGUUCAGUUUAGUGAUAUCCGCGAUGCAGUCCUUGUGCGCGACAACAUACACCGAGUGGGAGCCUGUUAUGAAGCCGACUAUCUGUCGGAUGGUGGUUUCUACGAGCAUGUACAUCGAGAGUCCAACAAAUUCGACCAUUGGGUAUCUGUGGUUGUUGUGGCAAGCCCCCCAGGUUUGUUGGACGUGUCUCGUACUGAAGCGGUCGUCAAACGUAUGCUGGACUCACAAGGUCAGCUUUCUGCAUUCUAUGUGCAGCAUGGCUAUGAUCCUUCAGUAUUCAGGGCCUUCAUUCAGUUCCUUGAUCCAUCUAAAGCCGCAUCCGCAGUGUUUUCUUUUGACAACAAAGUCGUCGAGGGAGCACACAUGACACUCUCGCUUGUGGAAUCCAGUGACAUCUCUAGCAGGGCCCAGGAUAGAGGUGGAGCGCCCGACAGUCUCAGCCACGGUAUGCCUGGCGAUUUGACCAACACCCUCCAGGCAUUGGCUUUGUCUAAACAGGCCCCUCAAAUGCAUCUGGUGCCUCAUAGUACCUCCAUGCCCGGGCCCAACUCCCCCUACUCGCCCUUUGGUAUCCAGGUUCCUCCCUUCACCAUGUGGCCGAUUCUCUGUCAACCGCAAUUUCAACCUCAUGGCCCCUACUUGCUCAACGAUGGCCAACGCGUGCCAUCGGCAUCUGCUAUGUCCAGUCCAGCCACAUACCAAUUUUCCGGCCCCAUGUUCUCUCAUUCUUCACACGCCGUGUCGGCUAUGGGUUCCAUGUCACCCACAGCCAGAAACGAGUCUCGCAGACAGAGCGCAGCUCGAGUCAAUAGAUCGCCCUACUAUAACGUAGCGAGUCACCACAACCAUGUCGAUGUGAACCGUAUUCGGGAGGGAAUAGAUGUCCGCACAACGAUCAUGCUCCGGAAUAUUCCGAACAAGGUCGAUCAGGCGAUGCUCAAGAGAAUCGUGGACGAGUCCAGCUGGGGUAAGUAUGAUUUCAUGUAUCUACGGAUCGACUUUGCGAACGAUUGCAAUGUCGGAUAUGCGUUCAUCAACUUCGUUGACCCCCUGGAUAUCAUUGAUAGCGACAAGGUCGCUGAGAUUUCAUACGCCACCAUCCAGGGCAAAGACUGCCUUGUCCAGAAGUUCAGGAACAGCUCCGUGAUGCUGGAAGCUGCGCACUAUCGUCCCAAGUUGUUCUAUACUUCCAACGGACCCGUUCCUGGACUGGCAGGAGAAGAGGAGCCAUUUCCCCAGCCGGACAACCAGUCCAAGAUGAAGCGCAGCUGCGAAAAUGCUGAGCACGUCGGCCUUUUCACGCCCAAUGCCGGACAACAUUUCCGCGACGAGCAGCGUCGCAGGCGCUCCCAGUAUGACAGAGGCACGAGACUGGCAGCGCUCGAGGAGCAUGAUUUGGAUGCCUCGAUGCAGCUGUAUAUUUACCACUCACAGUGA